CAGUGGAAGCGAUGGCUAUGGGGAGAGACGCUGUUUUCCAGACUGCAAGGUCGGGGAACAGGAGGGAGGAAUGGAGGCGGAGAAUGGAUCGGGAGGGUUUAUAAACCCUUCCAGCGAAAGACAAGCAGCUUCAAACAGAAGCUGCAGAGUAAUAGAAAGAAAGACAUUGAAGAUGGGAGAGUCAAACCAAACACGAUAUCAAGAUCCAAUGGAGUCACUCAAUUCAUCAGCACCUGAAGGGAACAUGUUUAUCUGGUAUGUCUGUGGGAAAAGAUUUCAAUGUCAGUGUGAGUGGUAAAGCGUCAACACGCAGACUCAUGCACCUGAGCAUGAACGUUCCAGAGAUCUAACUGCAGGAAUUAUUUAACAUCAUCCAGUUAACAUUCUGGAAAAAAGCCCACAGAGCAGAGAAACUGUACACACUUUGUGUUUAUGGACAAGGAUUCAACAGAUCAUCCACCCGGGAGAGAUGCCAGGAAAUCAGCAUCAUGGAAAAACCGUGGAAAUGUGUGGAUUGCGGGAAGGGAUAUAAAUACCCAGGCCAACUGGAAGCUCAUCGUCGCAGUCACUCUGGGGAGAGACCGUUCACCUGCUCCACGUGUGGGAAGGGAUUUGCUCGGUCAUCCAGCCUCGUGUCACACCAGUGGGUUCACACUGACAAGAGACCUUUUAAAUGCUCUGACUGUGGUAAAAGCUUUAAGAGUUCGAAAGGUCUAAUUCAACACCGACCUGUUCACACAGGGGAAAAGUCAUUCAGCUGUUCCACAUGUGGGAAGGAAUUCACUUGGGGAUCCAGCCUAAUGUCACACAAACGUUUUCACCAUGGGGAGAGAGCCUUCAUCUGCUCUGUGUGUGGGAAGGGAUACACUUCACGGUCCAGCCUAAUGUCACACAAUCGAGUUCACACUGGAGAGAGACCAUUCAUCUGCUGUGUGUGUGGGAGGGGAUUCACUUCAUCAUCCAUUCUAAUGUCACACAGUCGUGUUCACACGGAAGAGAGACCUUUUACCUGCUCUGUAUGUGGGAGGGGAUUUACGUCAUCAUCCAGCCUAAUAUCGCACAGUCGAGUUCACACUGGAGAGAGACCUUUUACUUGCUCUGUGUGUGGGAGGGGAUUCACAUCAUCAUCCAGCCUAAGGUCACAUAAGUCAUCUCAUACUGGAGAGAGACCGUUCAUCUGCUCUCAGUGUGGGAAGAGCUUCAGUCAGUUAUCCAGCCUCACCAAACAUCGACGCAUUCACAAUGGGGAGAAACCAUUCACCUGCUCCAUUUGUGGGAAGGGAUUCACUUGUUUGUCCCACCUUACUUAUCACAGGCGUGUUCACACUGGAGAGAGACCAUUUGUCUGCUCUGUGUGUGGGAAGGGAUUUAUUAAAUCAGCACAACUUCUGAUACACCAGCGUAGUCACACUAGAGAGAGACCGUACACCUGCACCGAGUGUGGGAAGGGAUUCACACGGUCAUCUGUGCUCAGUGAGCACCAGCGUAUUCACACUGGGGAGAAACCUUUUACCUGCUCUGUGUGUGGGAAGGGAUUCACUCGGUCCUCCAAUCUCAGCAGACACGGGCUUAUUCACACUGAUGAGAGACCAUUUAAAUGCUCUGACUGUGAGAAGAGCUUUAGAAGCAGCAAUGAUUUGAUGAAACACCAGCAAACCCAUUCUGGGGAGAGGCCGUUCACCUGCCCUGUGUGUGGCAAGGGAUUCAAUGAUUCAUCCACACGUCUGAGACACCAACGAGUUAUUCCGAUGUUUGAAAUCUUUUCCUACAUUCACAGCAGAGAAAGGUUUCUCCUUUCACAUUUCCAGGUGGAUGAUAUCCAGGUCCUGAGUGACUUUGCCAUUGUGUUUGCCCCGGCCUUCCGUCUCCGAUUAAUUGAAGGACCUUCCGUUCCGGCACCGACCUCCAGCCACGCCCACUUCCCUUUGGACCGGAAUCGACGUCAUGCAGCCUUCCUCCCAUCCCCCACCUCCGUAAACCUCGAGCGGGACGGAGGUGGUGCCGGCGAGUGUGGGAGGAGGCUGGUUGUGGCGAGGCUUCGCCUGAAGAGAUACAAGGACAACAUCUCCAUGGAGAAACCGUGGAAAUGCGAGGACUGUGGUAAAGGAUUCAAUUACCCAUCCCAGCUGGAAAUCCACCGACGAGUUCACACUGGAGAAAAGCCAUUUACGUGUUCUGUGUGUGGAAAGGGAUUUACUCAGACAACCAAACUCGUGUCACAUCAGAGAAUUCACACUGAGGAGAGACCGUUCACCUGUUCAGAGUGUGGGAAGGGAUUUACGCAGACAUCCUGCCUCAUGUUACACCAGCGGAUUCACACUAAGGAGAGGCCCUUCAGCUGCAUGUACUGUGCAAAGAGGUUCAUGUCUUCAUCUGACUUGAAUAUACACCAUCGAGUUCACACUGGGGAGAAACCAUUCAACUGUUCUGUGUGUGAGAAGAGAUUUCCUCAUUCAUCUGGCCUUCGAUCACACCAGCGAAUUCAUACUGAGCAGAAACCAUUCAGCUGCACCUCCUGUGGAAAAAGGUUCAGGCAUUCAUCUGCUCUUGUUGAACACCAGCGAGUUCACUCUGGUGAAAAGCCAUUCACCUGCCCAGUGUGUGGGCAAGGGUUCACUCAGUCAUCCAGUUUGCUGAGACACCAGCGUGUUCACACUGGAGAGAAGCCAUUCAGGUGCACUUCCUGUGGGAAAGGUUUCCGGCAGUCAUCCACCCUGAUUGCACACCAGCGAAUUCACACGGGGGAGAAACCAUUCACUUGUUCUGCAUGUGGAAAGGGAUUCACUGUAUCAUCCGCACUUGAGUCACACCAGCUAAUUCACACAGAGGAGAAGCCAUUCAACUGCACUUCCUGCAGGAAGAGUUUCAGGUGUUCAUCCUCUCUCCUUGCUCACCAGCGAGUUCAUACUGGAGAGAGGCCAUUCAUCUGCUCUGUGUGUGGGAAGGGAUUCACUCGGUCCUUCAACCUAGUGACACAUAAGCGAGCUCAUAGGUGAACCUCAAUAACAUGUAAACUGCAGCAGUUCAAGGAGGAAACUCACCACCAUCUUCUUCGUGGCCACUAAUGAUGACCCAAACAAUGAUUUCCUUAUCUUAUGAAAGAAUUGGAUUUGCUGUUAUUGCUGUUGUUGAUCACUUCCAAAAUUGACAGUCUGACAAUAUUAGAUUUGUUUCAACUGAUGUUAACACAUCUAUAACUGGCUGUAGUUUGGUAAUCUGGAUAUGUUGCUGAUAUUUUGGACAACAAUUUCCUUUCUUAAAAACACUAACGGUGAUCCUGAAUUUGAGAUCUGUAUUUGGUGAGGAGAACAGAUGUCUUGUGGAAGGGAAAACACAAAAAUUAUCAAUUUACAAAAAGAAAGCUGACAAAGGAGAUCACCAAAAAAGCUUUGUCCAACAAAGCUCCCAAGGCUAACUGUUCCUUUCAUUGCCCUGUAUUGCACAGAUUGACAGCAUCACAUCUUUAGGUCCAGGAUGAAGAAUGAAGUGAAAUUGGGCUGUGUUGGAGCCCCCACUUGGUUUUGCAUUUUCUUCUUCAUUCUCUCGGCCUUGGCAUUCCCCUCUGAUAUGAAGGAAUUUACCUGUAUGCCAGGUCAGACAGUGAGCUCUACAAUCAAUCCAGACUGAAAACAAAGACAAAAAUAAAGCAUGUCUUUAAUCAGAGAAUUCCUUUACCCUACACUGAUGACAGUGCACUGAUCACUCACACAAACUGAUCUACAAAAGCUCAUGGAUCAUCUCGCCCAUGUUUGUAGCCUGCUGUCUCUGACUUUAAACAUCAACAGAUCCACACCUGGACCAGGCUAAAUAACAUCCUACUUGAAAUGUUUAACAACUUCUGUGACCUUGAGUCUGCAGUGAGAUAAUCUUUUUUUUUGAAGCAGAACUCAAUGCACAUAGAUGGAAAGCAGAGACUACCUUUGGCCGUCUCUUGAAUCAUACGUAGAAUAACCUCAUGCUGACUCAGCACUCAGAUGUUGGUUUCUGAAGCCUGUGCUCUCAAAACCUUGUUAUCUGGAACUUAAAGACAGGUGACUGAUAGCAGUUUUGAUGUAAGGUCUAUAUUAUAUAUGUGUAUAUAUGUCUAGGUUUUAUGAUAUAUAUAUAUAUCUGUGUGUGUGUGAGAUCUAUUUUAGAGUUUGGAUUUUGAACUAGCAUCAUGUGUGCUUUAAUCUGUAAGUGUGAAGGGGUUUAAUUUUUUUUAAGAUUUGUUCAU